AUGGAUGAUAUGCAGCCAGAAGAGCAACCCACCAAGCCAAUUGAUCACCAAUCCACCUCCAAACCUUCAUGGUCAUGCAUGCAUGUCAAAGAUGGCGGUUUUAGGGCUGCCUCCUUUGUUUUCGCAUUUUUGGCGUUGGAUAGCAUGGCGUUUGUAGCGAAUAUGUUGAGCUUGGUAAUGUAUUUUUAUCUAGUAAUGCACUUUAGCAUCUCCGAAUCCGCGAAUACUCUCACAAACUUGAUGGGAUCGACAUUCUUGUUAUCCAUCGUCGGCGCUUUCAUCUCCGAUGCAUACUUGAAUAGAUACUACACUUGCUUGUGUUUUGGCCUACUCGAAGUUCUUGCAUUGGCGAUGAUGACAAUCCAAGCCAACACUCCAAGCCUACUUCCAAAGCCAUGCCUAGACACCACAUGUGUACGCGGCGGACCUUCCGUCAUGCUUUACGCAUCCCUUUGUAUGUUAGCGUUGGGCUCGGGCGGAGUAAGAGGAGCUCUUCCCGCGCUCGGGGCAGAUCAGUUCGACCAAAAAAACCCUAAAGAAGCAAAGGCUCUCGCAAGAUACUUCAACUUCUUGUUACUAGCCACCACUCUCGGAGCCGCGAUUGGUGUAACCGUCAUAGUUUGGGUUAGUUUCAACCGCGGUUGGUGGAGGGGAUUCUUGAUAUGUACAACCGUCACUUUUGGUGCAUUUUGCUUCUUGGCAGUUGGGAAACCGUUUUAUAGGCUCCAAAAACCUGGGGAGAGCCCCAUUUUGAGAAUAAGUCGGGUGGUGGUUGUGGCGCUUAAGAAUCGAAAGAUGGUUACACCCGAUAAUGCUUGUCAAUUGUACGAGUUAGAUGAAAGCAACGAUUCGGUUACUCUCGAGGACAGGAUUCCACACAGUCGACAGUUUAAGUGGUUGGAUAAGGCAGCCAUCAUAGUCAAAUCCAACUCGGACGAUCCAAAAGUAGUAAAAACGUGCACAAUAACUCAAGUAGAAGAAGUAAAAAUCCUAAUAAGAAUGCUUCCGAUAAUAUGCAGCACCAUCAUAAUGAACACAUGUCUAGCCCAACUCCAAACAUUCUCAGUCCAACAAGGCUACCGUAUGAACCGCUUCCUCGGCACUUUCCUAGUCCCCGAAUCCUCAAUCCCCGUAAUUCCACUCCUCUUCAUGUCUGUUUUAAUCCCAAUUUACGACUUUCUUUUCGUACCCUUUGCGAGAAAAUACACAAAACACCCAUCCGGAAUAACUCAGCUGCAGCGUAUCGGAGUUGGACUCGUCUUAUCAAUCAUAUCCAUGGCUGCAGCCGCACUUGUCGAGGUUAAGAGGAGAAAUCAGUCGCUAAAGAAUCCACUCCAGCCCAUUAGUCUUUUCUGGCUUUCGUUUCAGUAUGGUAUUUUCGGUGUGGCUGACUUGUUUACUCUUGUGGGAUUGCUCGAGUUCUUUUAUAAAGAAGCUCCCAUUCAUAUGAGGUCUCUUUCGACUUCUUUCACGUGGAUUUCGUUGUCGAUUGGGUACUUUUUGAGUACCAUUUUAGUGAAUAUUGUGAAUGCUGCGACCGAGAAGGGUGCCAAGAACAGGGGAUGGCUGGAGGAUCGGAUCAAUUUGGAUAAUAAUAAACUUGAUAGGUUUUAUUGGUUGUUGGCUAUUCUUAGCGCGGUUAAUUUCUUCAAUUACUUGUUCUGGGCAUCUUGGUAUAAAUAUAAGGUGCAAGAUUCAGUUGAAAAUGGCGACGCCUGCUACUCUGUAGAUCUAAGGAAAAAUUCUGAAGAACAGAAGGAGGCCGAAGUAAAAGAGGAAGCGAAGGCUGAAGAAAAAGAGGAAGCUAAAGAGGAAGAGAAGACUAAAGGAGAGAAUGAAGAGAAGAUAGAAGGAAAUGAAGAAAAGAGCAAUAUCCAAAAUGGGAUAUGA